AUGGACAGAAAACAAUUCGUCUCCCAACUCUUGAGGAGGGAGAAUAGCGUGCAAGUGGAAGAGGGUCAGGAAUGUCUGAUCUGUAAAGAAGAGUAUGGCGCAAGGUCUUCCGAAACCGGGACGGCGGAGAGGCAGAUCCGCUUGCCCUGCAAUCCCAAGCACACGGUGGGCUCUAAAUGCAUCACCGCUUGGCUACAAGCUCACAACACCUGUCCUGUAUGUCGGUACGAAUUCUUUCCAGCAGAAAGGAGCGACAAAGAAAGGGCUGAGCGACUGUACAUUGGCUUCGCUGACGAUGAUGAUAGCAGUGAUGAAGGGGAAGAUACCGAUGAUGAGUACUUCAGUGAUGAGGGCGGAGAGACCGACGACGAAGACGAGAACAUGGAUGAUGAAGAUAGCGAAGAGGAUGAUGAGUAUGAGAAAGACGAUAACGAGGAGGAGUGA